GAAAUAGGAGACCUAAGGAGUCAUGAAAGAGUUCACACUGGGGAAAAGCCUUAUGAAUGUAAACAGUGUGGCAAAUGUUUUAGUCGAAUAGGAAGCCUAAAGAUUCAUGGAAGAGUUCACACUGGGGAAAAGCCUUACAAGUGUAAACAAUGUGGCAAGUGUUUUAGUCAAGCAAGAAGCCUAAAGAUUCAUGGUAGAGUUCACACUGGCGAAAAGCCUUAUGAAUGUAAACAGUGUGGCAAGUGUUUUAGUGUAGUAGGAAACCUAAGGACUCAUGAAAGAGUUCACACUGGGGAAAAGCCUUAUGAAUGUAAACAGUGUGGCAAGUGUUUUAGCGAAGCAGGAAACCUAAGGACUCAUGAAAGAGUUCACACUGGGGAAAAGCCUUACAAAUGUAAACACUGUAGCAAGUGUUUUAACCAACCAACUAACCUGAGGAAGCAUGAAAGAAUCCACACUCUAUUAAAGUUGCGUAAAUUUUCCAAGAACAACAAAAGUCUGUCUAAACGUUUGGAAUCAUGUAAACGGAGGAGAACAGGAGGAAAAAACCUUGACUUUAGGGCCACAGGCUUUACAAACAACCUGCGAACACACAGAGAGACUGGAAACAGUGGCGUAGCAGACCCGCAAUCAGUCAUCACUGAGAAACACAGCUGUUGGAUUUGUCAAGAGGAAAUGAGUAGUGAGGCUCUUCUUCUUCAACACUAUGAACAUCAUAUGACCUAUGUUUGUGAAGACGAUUCAUAA